AUGAUUAUCCCCCAGAUAUUUCGCCCCACUUUCUCUCCUGUGUUACGUGCAGGAACCUCUAGUGUACAUCAGAAAGCUCCAGCAACACGGUUUAUCUCUGUCAGCUGUCCACGUCGAUCGGCAGAACCACCCCAAUCUAUUGGCAACGCAGCCGAGGCCAAGUCCACCGCCAAUGUGGAGGGAAAGGGGAAGGAAAGAGCAACAGAAGCUACGGGAAAGAAUGAAGGGGACGAAAUGGCCUUUUCUCUACCGCUGUUGCAGCGACCGCUCGGCGUGCGCGGGCGUCCAACCAGUUUAGUCAAGACGUGGGCACAGACCAGGGAGGAGCUCAUGGACCAGGAGAUGCGCAUGCAGAAGCGGAACCAUCUAGUGAAAGAGGCUACGAAGGGGUAUUUCGCAGACUUGAAUGCGACGCGACGGCACGGCGGCAAAACGUGGAUUGCUCCGAGGGUGAUGAUUCGGGAGGAUAAAGCUUUGUACUUCCCCGACAUCUCCGGUACAACAUUGGAUAACAAUACCCAAGCACAUACUACGCACCUCUGUACUGGGAAGGUUUCCAUCAUUGCUAUGCUUUCGUCCAAGAUUUCUGAGAUUCAAACCGCUAAUUUCAUAGACGCGGCGCAUGCUCAGUACUCAUCUCAUCCGGCGUAUCAGUACAUACAGAUUAACUUGCAAGAGAACCUGCUGAAAUCUCUGUUGGUCUCACUCUUCACUUCCGGGAUUCGGAAAAAUGUCCCACAAGAGCGGUGGGGUAAGUAUCUCGUCAGCAGCCAAAACAUGGAAUACAUCCGGGACGAUCUUGGCAUGACCAACCGUCACGUCGGGUACGUUUACCUUGUUGACGAAAAAUGCCGCAUUCGCUGGGCCGGCUGCGCAGACCCAAAACCGGAGGAGUCGGAAGCGCUCAAGGUGUGCACAAAUGUCCUGCUGGACAGGCAUUCCAAGCAGAAGGAGGAACUUUUGGUACCGUCAGUUUAG